UUGUGUCACCCAUACAUAACUCCUCCAUCUGUCUUUAUAAACACUAACUAAAAUUUCCACCAUCAAUUUAUCAUUUAAGUUCGUUCCAAGAAAAUGAAGAUGUUUGCUUGUGCAAUUUUUAUGGCUAUGGCUUUUUUUCCAAUGCAAGUUAUAAGUGGUCAGUCAGAUGCUAAUUGUCAACAAGUGAUUGUUGGAUUAGCACCUUGUUUGGAUUAUAUACAAGGGAAUGCUACAAAACCAUCAUCAGGAUGUUGCACUCAACUAGCCACUAUAUUGAAAAAUGAGCCAAAAUGUUUGUGUCAAGUGGUUAAUGGUGGUGCUUCUGUAGGAAUUAAUGUCAAUCAAACACAGGCUAUGGCCCUUCCUAAAGCUUGUAAUGUUCAGACACCAUCCCUUAGUCUCUGUAAAGCUACUAUUCCAUCUGGUUCUUCAGGUGGAUCUAAGGGAAAUACAGAUACACAAUAAAACUGCCAUAUUUUCUCUUGUUUACCCUUGUAGUUUCAGCAUCAUUCACCACCAUCUGAGUGUGUUUUGGUGUUUGGCACAAUUUGGUAAUUUGAUGUAAUUCACAACGCUAAGGCAGAUGUACUUUGUUCAAUUUUGAGAUGUACUGUAUUAAAGGGACUUGAUCAAGAUUGAAUUAAUUUAUAAUCGUGUUGGAUGAUCAA